UAUUGCUGUCAGGAUUGUCACAGUUCCAAGUUGUUCUGUCAUUUGUGCAUGAUCCAUGUAUAUGAAAGACAGCCACUUCAUACAUUGGAGUGUUGGGAUGGUGUCUCAUUUUAUAGUAUCACCUUGAAGUCCAUGGGAAUCUGUUUGCAGCUUGGACAUGCUUCUGGUGUUCGGUGCAUUAACCCACUCCCUGCUUUCAAUGAUGACUUUGUUAUCAUCAACUACAAUGGCAUCUAUGAAGUGGGCUUAGAUUUCUGUGGAUGUACGUCCACUCAGCCACACAUCAUACAACUACUACAUGUUUGCCUCUUUCCUGCAACAACCAUUGAUCUGAAAACAGUGGUGACAUUCUGGGCACUGGAAUACUUUCAGAUGCUGUCUUUCAAGUCUAAAGUCUCUGUGUUUGAAUUCUACAAAACAGCUGCCCACUUGACAGACAACACUGGAAUUCAUGUACCAAAGGUAUGUACCAAUGCUAUUUUAAUUUUGAUUCAUCAUAUUACAAUCUAA